UGAUAAUGUCAGGAAAAUAAAAUAAAAUAAAAUAAAAGUAGUUCCAAGAAAGAAAAAUAAAAGGAAUAUCCUGCUGAUUAUUCGACAAAUCCAAGCUCAAAAUCUAUGGAGUUCCUGUGACUAUCCUACUCCACAUUAGCAACACUUCAAAAUUCAACCCCUUUCUCUCUCCUAUCUAUUUAUGAGAAUUUCUGUUGAGUUUGCUCUGAUUUAAAUCUUCAAAAACAGCUGCUUUGAACAUUGUUGAAAACCCAAUUGUCAGCAUGGCUCAUGUACUUUCAGCUUCUUGCUCUGUUAAAGUAUCCCCAAGUGAGAAACUUUCCUCCAAAUGUUGGAACGUGGGGUUGACAAAAUAUCCUUUAUCAUUUACUCUGCAUACUUCAAAGUCGUCAUUUAAAAGGCUUGUUCACCAAGGAGAUAACCCACAAAAAUUAACUGUUAUCCGUGCAACCACUCUCCCUCUAAACCAGAAAACUAAAGCUCAAUCUGGCACUAGUUCCUUUGAGAACAAUGGCAAUACAUCUGGUCGAAAGAGAGUAAUGGUUAUUGGUGGAGAUGGUUAUUGUGGUUGGGCAACAGCCCUUCACUUGUCUAAUAAAGGUUAUGAGGUUGCCAUUGUUGACAACCUUGUUCGCAGGUUAUUUGACCAUCAACUUGGCCUUGAUUCCUUGACCCCUAUUGCCUCGAUUCAAACUCGCAUUCGCCGCUGGGAGUCUUUGACCGGUAAAACAAUUGAACUUCACGUUGGUGACAUCUGUGACUUUGAGUUCUUAGCAGAAACCUUCAAGUCAUUUGCACCUGAUGCUGUGGUCCACUUUGGAGAACAACGGUCUGCCCCAUAUUCCAUGAUCGACCGUUCAAGAGCAGUGUACACUCAGCAGAACAAUGUAAUAGGGACUAUCAAUGUUCUGUUCGCUAUAAAGGAGUUUGGGGAAGAUUGUCAUCUCGUAAAGCUGGGAACUAUGGGGGAGUAUGGAACUCCAAAUAUUGAUAUUGAAGAAGGUUUUAUAACAAUCACUCAUAAUGGUAGAACAGAUACUUUACCUUACCCCAAGCAGGCUAGCUCCUUCUAUCAUUUGAGCAAGGUCCACGAUUCGCAUAAUAUAGCCUUUACAUGCAAGGCUUGGGGGAUUCGAGCAACUGAUUUGAAUCAAGGUGUGGUCUAUGGUGUGAGGACAGACGAAACUGCAAUGCAUGAAGAAUUGUGUAACAGAUUUGACUAUGAUGCUAUUUUCGGGACAGCACUUAAUCGGUUUUGUGUUCAGGCUGCUGUCGGUCAUCCACUCACUGUCUAUGGCAAAGGGGGGCAGACUAGGGGAUAUCUUGAUAUAAGAGAUACAGUUCAGUGUGUAGAGUUGGCCAUCGCAAACCCUGCAAACCCUGGUGAAUUUAGAGUCUUCAAUCAAUUCACAGAGCAGUUUUCAGUACGAGAUCUUGCUGCCAUUGUAACAAAAGCAGGAGAAAAACUCGGGUUUAAUGUUGAAACCAUAUCAGUGCCCAACCCAAGAGUCGAGGCAGAGGAGCAUUACUACAAUGCUAAGCAUACUAAACUUGUUGAGUUAGGUCUGAAACCGCACUUGCUAUCAGACUCACUCCUCGACUCUGUGCUGAAUUUUGCAGUUCAAUACAAAGAUCGUGUUGACACGAAACAGAUUAUGCCAAGUGUAUCAUGGAAAAAGAUCGGGGUGAAACCACAAACUCUUCGAGCUUAGUGUAGGAGAGAAAAAAAGUUGCAUUUCACUACAAAAGCUAGCAGACCAUCUGUUUGUGACAAUAUGUCUGCCAUCGUUUUAUCAAUUAGAUUAUUCUUACAUAGAGAAGUUAGGCAGCUGUAGAUGUGAAACUUAUUAUGCUGUAACUGUAGUAUGUUUGCAGUUUCAGGGUUUUAUGGACAGUACUACAAUGUAAUUCUUGCAUGUCCUCUGCCAUUGUUACUAAAAUAAAUGUCUUCUGCUUCUUUGUUA